AUGCAGUUGGUGAGCGUCGGCCGGCUCUUCGCACGGGCAUUGCAUUCGACUACCCAUCCGCAGCGCCGAGCCGAGCCAAAGCCCUCCCAUACAACAGUGGCCCCGGCCCCGAAAGAGACUUGGGCGGCCUGCCCAAAGGAGAGCGACAUCCAUUCCAAGAUGUGUAGCUUGGGACGCGUGGACCCCUUCGAGGUGGGGUACGCUUGCACGAGUAUCCCCGACCACCAGCCAGACGGCAGGGCUCCGAACCAGCCCCUGAGCCGCGUGUGGCAGUCAGCCAAAGUGUUGGACCACGCCAUCGAUAAGGUGGUCUACAUCGGGUACGAGCAACCGAUCGAGGUCUUCCGAGCAAAGCUCGCGAACGGCCGCGAACAGCUUCUUACCAUGGAAGGGUGGAAGCUGUGGAUCCUGCAGCGGUCCGCCCUCGCCCGGCACCCCAAAAACGCACUCAUCGCGCCGAAGAUCCUCAUGGACGAGGAUGACAUCAACGAGAAGAUCAAGAGCGCCGACAUCCCGGACGACGUGGAUGCCACGUACCUGAAGUCCGAGGAUGGCACGUGCACCUAUUUUUCCUGGAGGGACGUGGUGGCCCGCAAGUCCAAGUCGCAGGCGAAGUGA